CAUCCAUCCUGCACGACGCGAAAGGGCCCCUUAUCCACCUCUCCUGUGUACGAGGAACACCUCCACUGGUGAUCAGCCUCUGCCUGUGUUUGUCUUGUGGAGAAGCAGCAGCACCUUUUGCAGGAGUGGGGUUUUUUUAUUCAACAAGAAGUCCUGAAGGUUUUGGAUGCGGUGCUUCAGGGAUGUGGGCACUUUGAGAGCAGCAUCACCCACAAACACAAACAACUGCCAUCGAUUUUUCUGUGAAUAGCGUCAAAAAAGAAAAAGAGAAAAGAAAAGAAGAGAAGAGAGAGAAAAAGAGGAACAAUAGCAACAUACGAAAAAAAACUUGUCUAUUGAACAAUUCAUUUUUCUAGUCUGUGGAUACCGCUCUAACUAAGUACAGCACUUUGAGAAUUGUUCACAUCGGACGGACUGAAGAGGGAGGCAAGACCUGUGGACCGGGUUUUCCCUCGCAAGUCUGACUCGGCUCUCAUCCCGGCGAAAAUAAAACCCUGAAGGAUAACUCGCUUGGACGUUUAUUUCCCUAAUUUCGCAGGAGGCUCUCUCUGUUGUUGCUUUUUUAUCUUCUUCUCCACGCAAAUUGUCCUAAAUGUUUGGGAUUCAGGAAACUAUACCGCGGGGUGGGACGACGAUGAAGGAGGAACCGCUGGGUGGACUGAACUCUGUCCGCUCCUGGAUGCACACAGCUGGGGUGGUGGAUGCAAACACAGCCGCCCAAAGCGGUGUCGGCUUGGCACGGGCACAUUAUGAAAAGCAGCCCCCUUCCAACCUCAGAAAAUCCAAUUUUUUCCAUUUCGUCCUGGCGCUGUAUGACAGGCAGGGUCAGCCGGUGGAGAUCGAAAGGACAGCUUUUGUGGACUUUGUGGAGAAAGAAAAAGAACCAACCAGUGAAAAAACAAACAAUGGAAUACAUUACAAACUACAGUUAUUGUACAGCAACGGCGUCAGAACAGAACAGGAUCUUUACAUUCGGUUAAUCGAUUCCAUGACGAAGCAGGCCAUAGUUUACGAGGGUCAGGACAAGAAUCCAGAAAUGUGCAGAGUUCUCCUCACUCACGAAAUCAUGUGCAGCCGAUGCUGUGACAAGAAAAGCUGUGGAAACAGGAACGAGACUCCGUCAGACCCGGUGAUCAUUGACAGAUUCUUCCUAAAGUUCUUCCUCAAGUGCAAUCAGAACUGUCUGAAGAAUGCAGGGAAUCCACGAGACAUGCGCAGAUUCCAGGUUGUCGUAUCGACGACCGUCAAUGUGGACGGCCACGUGUUGGCCGUCUCUGACAACAUGUUUGUACACAACAAUUCCAAGCAUGGGCGAAGGGCUCGCAGACUCGACCCUUCAGAAGGUACGCCUCCUUAUCUGGAGAAUGCAGCCACCCCAUGCAUCAAGGCUAUCAGCCCCAGCGAGGGAUGGACCACUGGAGGAGCCACUGUCAUCAUCAUCGGGGACAACUUUUUUGAUGGCCUACAAGUCGUGUUCGGCACCAUGCUUGUAUGGAGUGAGCUGAUAACUCCCCACGCCAUCCGUGUUCAGACUCCGCCUCGGCAUAUCCCCGGUGUCGUGGAAGUCACGCUGUCCUACAAGUCCAAGCAGUUCUGCAAAGGUGCCCCUGGGAGAUUUGUCUACACUGCCCUGAAUGAGCCCACUAUCGACUACGGUUUCCAGAGACUGCAGAAGGUCAUCCCCCGACACCCUGGUGAUCCAGAGAGGUUACCAAAGGAGGUGUUACUGAAGAGGGCGGCUGAUCUCGUUGAAGCUCUUUAUGGGAUGCCCCACAACAAUCAGGAGAUCAUUCUGAAGAGGGCAGCUGACAUUGCAGAGGCUCUGUACAGCGUUCCCCGCAACCACAACCAGAUCCCCUCCCUCGCCAACACAGCCUCCCACGGCAUGAUGGGAGUCAACUCCUUCAGCAGCCAGCUAGCGGUCAAUGUGUCCGAGUCACAAGGGAACGACCAAGUGGGCUACAGUCGGAACACCAGCAGCGUGUCCCCUCGGGGCUACAUCUCCAGCAGCACCCCGCAGCAGUCGAGCUACAACACCGUCAGCAACAGCAUGAAUGGCUACGGCAAUGCCGGUAUGAACCUGGGAGUGCCAAGCUCCCCUGGGUUCCUCAAUGGAUCCUCUGCCAACUCCCCAUAUGGAAUUAAACAAAAGAGCGCCUUCGCCCCUGUGGUCCGACCCCAGGCUUCCCCACCCCCCUCCUGCACCAGCGCCAACGGCAACGGACUGCAAGGUGAGCCCCCCUCACCCCCUCAUCCCUUCCCUACGGACUACUGGUCAGAUACCGCUGCUCAGGCCUCUGUCCGGUUUGCCAUGUCCGGCUUGGUUGUCCCUCCAAUGUAAAUGCACUUUUGUCAUCUCAAGCACCAGUUGACACACUACCACUUCACAGGACACGCCCCCUCGCCCCCAAGCACACUGCAAAAUGUUGGUGCAUUGUAUAGUCGACCGCUCGUCCGGAAGAAAAACGAGAUUUUUCUUUUUAAUGACUUUCACAACCUACAGAAAAAUGGAUUUCAAGAGGAACAAUAUUUUUUUUUUCUGUGGGAUUUAAUUUUUUUCUGUACUUUUCCCCCACCUUUUAUCCCCCUUAAGGAGGACAAAGGACAAUGAAGGGUUUAUUUUGUAUACCUGUUGAGCUGUGCUUCGGCCUCGGACCACAGUCAAAACUGGAAAGGACUCUGUGGACUCACCAUCUGGUUGUAAAGUUAAGACACUGAUGUACAGUACAUUUGCCAACAAAGUCAUUUGCCUCAGAUUCUUCCUUUCUCUUUGGGUUUCAGCUCUCUUUUAAUAGAUUCACAGCAGCUGUGUGUCUUCAUAAUGUGACUUUUUUGUAUUUUUACGUGUGACAAAAUAACACCAGGGGCCAAGACAGUUCGAACUGGAAAAUAAUAUGAAAUAUAUCAUUUAGAAAAUGGAUAAAAUAAAAAAAAAAGUACAAACAAAUACAAGUAAAAAGUGGGGAGGGGCUGGGCGGGCAAUGUUGUACCAUGUUUCAUUCCUGCAUUUUAACUUAAAUUUUGUAAUUUAUUGUAGCUAGAAAUCAUCUUAAAAAGUAAAAAAAUAAAAAAAUAGAAACUUCUUUGACUCAACAAGCACACUGAUGUGUACAAAACACUGCUCUGUUGAUGAAUAUGAUGUACUUCCACGUCUAGAGCUUCCUUUUAAGCAAGUGUGUUUUGCCAUGUUUUUUCAACUUUUUUGCUAGCACUGUAUAUUAAUGCAUUCCUAGGCUACUGUGAAGUCUGUUUCUUGUUGAUGAGGAGCAGUCUCCUUUUGGCUCCAACUCCCUUAUGUGUUUUAUAUGUGGUUAAAAAAAUUGUAGACUAUUGUGAUAUUGCCAAACUUGUGCUAAAUAUUUAUACAUCUGUCUUUUUCAUGUUCUUUUAGAUCAACAAAAAACAUAAAAAAAAUUAAAAUCCAUUGAGAAUGUAGAAAAGUAGUUCAUUGUCACAUUUUUGUUCAAAUACACACUUGCGCUCACUGAAGGAAAUUUUGUAACAUAUCAACUAUAAAUAAUGUAUUUAUCUCUGAAAUUUUGUAUAUUGCUUUUCAUUAUGUAUGUAUUAAUCGUCAUGCCCUUAAUAUAGUGAUGCAGCACAGAUAAUUCAGCCAAGAACUGUUGCCUUCAUUUGUUUUCUUUUUGUAUUUGAUGAAAUGCAAUGUGCAUAUAUUUCAUGUGUAUCCUCAAAAUUUGUGUUACACCGUCAAGACUCUCUGUCCAUUUUUUUAAAAGGGAAGUCAAACUUCAUUGUUUAUUUUUAUAUUGAUUUUAAAUUAUCUAUACAGACCAUUUUGGAGAAAACUUUGUUGGUUGUAUUGUCAAAUAAAUUGUUUGUGACCCAUAUGAUAGUUGUUAAGAUCCAAUAGAGACUAAUGUGCAUGAGGGACAAACUUGGAGAUAAAAAAGGAAGAAAAGAGAAAAAAAAAAACCCAAACAAAACACUUCAUUUGUGGUUGUAUUUUUUCUGUUUUGUAGAAUGUAUAGAAGCCAUUUUCAAUCACCACUUACAACUCUGCCACAUAGCUUAAUGUGUUUACAGGGAAGAAAGUUUAAAAAUGUCAACAUUUGGAAUGGAAACAGAAAUGAAUAAAUGAUGUUUUAUUAAAAUUUUCAGUAAAAAAAAAAUACACACGACAGCUCCUCAACUGUGGACUUUCUUCAGUUCUAAGCACAGUUUGAAUGGCAGACAAACUGACAAUCAGAAACAAGAAGAGAGACAGUAGACACGUCUGGCGACGAACCUGUGAUUCAUCUGUAAGAUGUAGUGUUUAGACAUUGCUAUGGAGAUAAUUGUUUGAAACCUGUGGAAAAGUGUAACAUCCAUAAAAAAGAUGAAAACUG